UGGAGUCCCUGAUGAUCCGGCUGGUGAAUGGCUCGGGCCCACACGAGGGCCGAGUGGAGGUGUACCACGAGCGGCGCUGGGGCACCGUGUGCGAUGACGGCUGGGACAAGAAGGACGGGGACGUGGUGUGCCGCAUGCUGGGCUUCCGCGGCGCACAGGAGGUGGCCCGGACCGCUCGAUUCGGGCAAGGUACGGGAAGGAUUUGGAUGGAUGAUGUCGCCUGCAAGGGCACAGAAGACACCCUCUUCCGCUGCACCUUCUCCAAGUGGGGGGUGACCAACUGCGGACAUGCUGAGGAUGCCGGGGUGACAUGCAUCAGACACUGAAAGUGGACACAGCCAAGAUCUGGGCCCUACUGCCCAGCCCCCUUCCUGCAUUCCUAGGGUGGGGGCAUCGCUUGGGGCACCUCUGACCAUACCUCUGCCCUGUCUAGGCCAGCAUCCUCCUCCCCCUCAUCCCUAUCCCAGGACCUCAGUGGCCUGUCAUCAUUCUCCUCUUGGACAUCCGCUCCAAACUGUAACUCUGGGAUCUACAGCCUGCAUCUUCCUUCCACCAGAGUUCCUGAAUGUGGAGUCCCGGUCAACUGGAUCGCCAUUUUGCCCAGCCUUCUAAGCACCAUGCGUCAGGCCUCAAUAUCCAUGUUCCCUUUGGUCUGUUAGUUAUAGAUGGACGGUGAGACUAUGCUGGAGACAAAUGUUGCCGUGGAGAUGGGAGGGAGAUAUAACAGAUCCUUCGCUCUUCAGAUAAUUCCCAAACCUCAGGUCAGCCAAGAGUUUUGACAUCUUCCUUCCCAGUAAGAGACAAUACUAAGUGAGCCAUCUUCCCCUCUUUACGCUGCCUCGGCAUCCUUUUGUUAGUUUGGGGCAGUGACAGCUGUAGGCAUGAGAGGGAAAUCAAGUCACCUACAGGAAUUGAUUUGGAUUUGGAAAAGGAGAGUGAAACUCACACUUAUUGAGUCAUCACCGUGUGUGCUGCAUAGUGUCUUGGGUACUAAAUGUAUUCACUUUGCAGCAUUUCUAUAAGGCAUGUUAGAUCAGGUAAGUAAGAUUUUACCUGCAUACACCUGGCCUAGAAGUCCUAAAGUGGAGAAUGACGGAGACCACUGUUCCCACAGGAACCUUAGUGUGUCUUUGCUAGGCUUGAGCAAGAAGCGCAGGUGCCAGACCUGUGUGCCUAGAAGGUUACUUAUUCCCAAACCUAUGGAGGAUGAGUGCAAGGGAAGACAUGACUGGCUUCCAGGCCAACCAUCCACAGAGAACGAAGGGUGAUGUGGAGGGUGACAUGGGGGCUGUCGGGGUUAAACUAGACCAACACUCAGUCAUCUGGCAGUCAGGGUUCAAGCCAAGUCACCUACAUCUCAGAGCGUUUGGAGGUGACGACAUUGAACCUUCCAGGCCUCUUGGGGUGUGAUCCUGUGGUCAGGAGACCACGUGUCCUGAUGGGUAGGAGUAGAAGGAAAUGAGGAUGCCUUAUAACCUCCAGGGGAAGAAAGGGCCCUGGGCUUCUGCAAAUCCUCCAUCGGCACCCUCUCCUGGUGAUAGGGGCACCAUAUUCUGCUUUUGACACAAGAGGGAGAUCAAAGUGGGCCACCUGUGUGUUCCAGGACCAGCGAGGGAGCACAGAUCCACCUCAUGUGGGGGAGUUCCAGACUCACAGUCAGGCCUGGGACAGAUAGCCACCUGUCGUAUCAGGCGAGCACCAGCCUGCCUGGGGGAAGGGACCCUCCUGGUGUAGGCCCAGCAAAGCUCCUAGCUGACAACUAAACCAAUAUGUGCUAUUGGUUGUUAUUUGCUUACAAUAUGCUUGUUAUUCAUUAAUGCCCUAAUGAUCAGAGACUCUCUUUCUGACCAAUUGCUAUGUUUACAUAACUCGCAUGUACUCAUGCAUUUUUUCCAGAGCCAAUCUAUGUAUGCGUAUAUACACAUGGCCCUGUUUACAUCAUAGCUCAGCACAUUGCAAAGUUUGUAUUAAAAAGAAAAAAAUUACUAAAGGUGGAAAGAUGUCACAUUGAAUGAAAUAGAUUCCCAAGUUGGUUCUGGCAAAGGAGCCGGUUACCCCACCGAUGAAGGCCCGAUGACUUUCUUACUUGGUCUUUUCAUUUGGGAAAACACAAGUCUUACAUCAAAUGAAAAUGAUGGUGAUAAGUGUUGAACCUUAAAAAAACACACAAAAGUCUACUAGUUUACAUAUCUACUUAAGAGGACGUGGAAAUCCCCAUAGGCCUGUGCUUCAGGGACUGAAGGAAAUUAGGCCUGGCCUACAAUGCAUCAGACCUUUUGUAAGAAAGAAUUUCAAUAAAGUUAAGAACAUGUCGCUGA